GCCUGAGUCCCUGGCGGAGAAUUUGACCCUCCCCUGUCCCUGCUGACAACUCUCUAGGCACUCCGACUGAGCUCGACGACGUCCGAGCCGCAUUCGGGCCGACAUGGCCGCCGUCGUGAUCGUGACGCUGAACGCUCGCCGAGCGAGCGACAGUCCGUUUGCCACCCCGAUCUCUCCGCCGCGACUGAUGGCCAACUGCAAUGCCAAUGUGGUGGCAGCAAUGAAGGAUUCGGAGUGUGCAGAACCGUCAUUCUGCAGGCGUUUGGAGUAGAU